AAUUUAAAUGCACGCGCUGGUCUGCUGACCUCAAUCGGAGUCACAUGACCAGCACGAGACACGAAAACAGGAAACCGGAAGAGAUUUUUCAUUCCUUGGCUGUGUAUCGAUGUAAGGAUGGCAUCAGCUGUGGAGAGGACAGACGAUCUGGUGCGUGAAUAUUUAAUAUACCGUGGAUUUACAAGCACUCUCAAGCAUCUGGACACUGACAUCAAAGCGGAUAAAGAGAAAGGCUUUCGAGUGGAUAAAAUAAUCGAGCAGCUUCUGCAGUUCAUUCAGAACUAUGACCUGGCUGGACUGAAGGAAUAUUGGGGCUACCUGGAUCACAGACUCUUCAGUCGUUUGGAGGAUGUUUACAGACCCACUGUUAAUAAACUGAGGACAAGCCUGUUCCGCUACUACCUCGUGCACACUGUUCAGACAAAGAACCUGGAGAAGACUCAUGAGUUUUUCCAGAAGCAGGCUCUCGAUCUACAGGGCCAAGCAGAAUGGCGUGAUUGGUUUAUCCUCCCAUUCAUCUCAGCACCGGAGCAAAAUCCGAGCUUCUCUCCAUAUUUUUCCCGCCAGUGGGCCGACACAUUUCUCGUUUCCCUCCAUAAUUUUCUCAGUGUUCUAUUCCGGUGUAUGCCUCUGCCUGUGCUUUUGAGUUUUGAUACUGAAGUUCAGAGAACCACCAACAUCCAGGAGGAGAAUGAACAACUGCGCCAAGUGUUAUUUGCACUUCAAGGAGAAUCAAAGCCCAGGAAAGAAGAGGAAAUGUUGCAUCACAAACUCCCUGCUUACGUCCAGCACAUGGACCGACUCGGAGACACAGAGCUGGAUUUGGUGUCGAGCCAGCGUGUCGCAAACCCUACCACUCCAUCAAGGAAUUUCUUCUCCUUUUUGCCUCAGGGCAGAAGAGCCCCAGUGCGAUCAUCUCAGGGGGCAGCAAGUUCCUCCCCCACACAGGCCGCGCUCGGGAGGAAGGAAACUUCAGCCAGUCAGAAGAUAAAGGACCCUACAAUCUCGAAAGAGUUCAAGAUGCCCUCUGGUGCUGCUACAUCGGCAGAUACAGGUGGAAGGCAAAAGCGGCAGAUGUAUCAUGAGAAAGAGAGAAAAGAGCUUUUCUCCAAACAAGUAGCACAGAGUUCUGAAAAGAAAAUUGAGAUUUCCGAGGGCGAAGGUCAAAUCGAGGGCCAGUGCGACACAACUGACUCGGCGACCAAUCAGGCUCAGGCUAGCAGUGAAGGAGGCGGGUCUGGGGCUGAACAACCAUUCAUCAAACUUAGUCAGGAGGAGUAUGGAGAGCAUCAUUCGUCCAUCAUGCAUUGCAAGGUGGAUAGUUCGGGUAGAAAAGUGGCAAGUUUGGAUGUGGAUGGCGUUGUAAAAGUUUGGUCCUUCAACCCAAUUUUGCAGACCAAAGCCACCAUUAUGUCCAAAUCUCCUCUUCUUUCACUGGAAUGGGCAACAAAACCAGACAGACUGCUGUUGUUGGGCAGUGGGGUUGGCACAGUCAGGCUGUAUGAUACAGAAGCUAAGAAAAAUCUCUAUGAGAUGUCAAUGGACGACUCUCAUCCACGGAUACUAUCGCUGGCCUGCAGUCCCAGUGGAACAUCAUUUGUGUGUUCAGCAGCAGCUCCUGCAGCUCGUUCAGGCAGCAUGUCAGAAACAGUGCCCCGUCUGGGACAGCCCAUUUCUGGACAACUACUGCUCUGGGACACUAAAACUGUCAAACAACAGCUGCAGUUCGCACUGGAGCCUGGGCCUGUGGCUGUAAACUGCAUUGCAUUCAACCACAAUGGAACUUUGGUAACUGGAGCUGCUGAUGGAAUCAUACGCCUGUUUGAUAUGCAGAGGUAUGAAAGUGUUAUGAGUUGGAAGGCUCAUGAUGGUGAAGUGUACAGUGUUGAAUUCAGCUAUGAUGAAAAUACAGUGUUCAGCAUCGGAGAGGACGGCAAGUUCAUCCAGUGGAACAUCCAUCGCUCUGGAGUGAAACAGUCAGAGUACUUAUUAUCUCAGGAUGCAGUGGGACCGUUUGUGCUCUCUGGCUACAGUGGCUAUAAGCAGGUCCAGGUGGCUCGUGGACGACUUUUCGCUUUUGAUUCAGAGGGACAGCACGUUCUCACCUGCUCUAGUAGUGGAGGACUCAUCUUUCGGCUGAAUAAGGGAGACGCAGGUCUGGAGAGCGUGUUGUCUUUGGGAGGACAUAAAGCUCCGGUGGUAACGGUGGACUGGUGUUCUGCUGUGGACUGUGGAACCUGCCUCACAGCGUCGAUGGAUGGGAAAAUCAAACUGAGCACACUCCUGGCACAGAAACCCUGAUGAGAAAAAUGUAUUAUAUUGUUUAUCAAUUUAAUGGUUUGAUCCUAUUCUCAAAUAAAAUUCCAUCACACUUUA